AGAAUUCAUUUCAAAGAAGAAGAAAAAAACAACAACCAGGAAGUUCACCUGAAGAGAAAAGCUGCCGCUUUGUCGGAGUUUGAAACUCGCUUUAAGUCUUUAACUGUUUUUUUAAAAACAGCGGCAAAAACAUCGAACAAAGUCUGUCCAAAGUUUGGCUGCGCUCGGAAGGUUUUUAAGACUCCCAACAAGAUGGACAUUGAUCCGGAGCGAGGAGGUGUGGGGCCAGAGCCCGAGUCUCAGGACAAGGUGCAGACUUUGAAGGAUCAGGUGGAUGGAGUGAAAGAUAUCAUGACGCAGAACGUGGACCGGAUCCUGGCCCGAGGAGAGAGACUGGAUGACCUCAUGGACAAGUCAGAGGACCUGCGAGAAGGGGCUCAGCACUUCAAGCAAACGUCUCAGAAAGUGGCUCGCACCUACUGGUGGAAGAACGUCAAGCUGAUCGUGUUGAUCGUGGUGGUCGUCCUCAUCAUCGUCCUCAUCAUCAUCCUGCUGGCAACCGGAGUGAUUCCUGUCGGUGGCAGCUCGGUGCCUCCUAUAGUCACUCCCACCAGCAAGCCCUAAACACACACACACACACACACACACACACACUAAUGUACAUAAUUUAGAUCAAACUCUGAUAUAUCAACCCGAGCAGAUCAUUGCCGUCUGGUGAAACCUCGAUUAUUUCUGGAUAAGUUUCUACUGUUUCUUUUUUUAUGGUCAUACUGUCAUUCAAGAACGCCACGCUUAGGUUAAAGUCACUUUAAUGACCACAAACAUUUUAAGCCGCCUCGCAGCACCAGUCCAUCGGAGCUCUUUUUGAAAGAGGUGUAAAAUAAAAACCCUGUUACUGUUAUGAGAGGACGCCGUGAUUCACCCAUUCUGCGUCCUUAUUAUGAAACUGUUUACUACACGGGUCAUUAGAGCGGAUUAAUGGGGGUUUCUCCGGCGUCUUAGUCAACAUUAAGGAUAUUUUGAGCGUUACCUCGUAUGUGUACCUUUACAGAAAACAGUCUGCGUUUUUUAAAAGGACAAAAAAAUUAAGUUUUUCAUGAAGUUUGAAAAAUGUUUUAAAUCUGAACUAGUUGAAGGUCACGUUGUGUUGAAAGGAAGUCUUGAAUGAUUGUUGGAUUUCUAUGUUACCAUCUGUGGGCUUGUUUACUUUUAAAGUAUGUUACACUACGCA